AUGGCUGCCAGCGCCCCCAGACUCAAGUACACGGCCGUGACCGGCUUCUUCAAGCACAGCGACGAGCCCGCCAUUCCGUCGUUUGAAUCCAUCACGCUGCCGGGCCUGGGCCUCAUUGACCGGGCCUACGAGACCGACGACACCUUUGACCCGCGGCGCGAGAAGCAGCCCUGGGAGCGCUUCGUGCACUACCUCGGCCACCUCAACAGCCAGGGCGCUACCGCCGACAAGGCUGUCGCGUACAAGCUCAUCUAUGCCGCCCGCCAUGGCGAAGGCUACCACAACGUCAUGGAGGCCAAGGUCGGCACUGUCGAGUGGGAGGCCCACUGGGCGCGCCUCGACGGCGACGGCACGACUACCUGGUCCGACGCUAGCCUGACGCCCACGGGCAUCAGCGAGGCGCGCGCUAUACAGGUCUUCUGGGCCGACGCCGCGUCUAGCUUCAAGCUGCCGCUCGCGCCGCGGCACUACGUCAGCCCGCUUGCGCGCUGUCUCGAGACGUGCGAGCUGGCCUUUGCGGGGCUAACCGUCCCCGACACGCCAGUCCCGCCGUUCAAGCCCAUCAUCAAGGAGCUCGUGCGCGAGCGGCUGGGCGUGCACACGUGCGACCGCCGACGCUCGCGGACGUGGAUCGCUGAGAACUACCCACUGUUUGCGUUCGAGGACGGCUUCGCCGAGGCCGACGAGCUGUGGAACCCCGACGUCCGCGAGACGCUGGAAGAGCACGCCGCGCGCGUCGAGGGGUUUCUCGAUAACUUGUUCGCCAACGAUAGGAGCGACAUUGUCUCGCUGACGGCGCACUCGGGUACCAUCCUGGCCCUGUACUUUGCCAUUGGCCACCCCGAGGUCAGGCUUGCGCCGGGCACGGUCGUGCCGGUCUUGAUCAAGGCCGAGGUGGUGGAGUAA